UUUCUCACCUUCACCUUCUGCAUCCAACAUGGCGCAAAGUUUGACAGUGUUUUUCGUUGUAGUGCUCUUUACUAUAGUCUUUGGGAUGAAAGAUGGCAGUGACCAGUUCUCAGUUCCUAUGACUGGAGAUAUUCCGUUAUUGGAGUUGCUUCCUGAGAUACCAAGAACAGUGGAUGCCUACCCUCAACAGUUUUCUUUGGAUUCAACUGAUGUAAGUAUAAGUAAAUCCUACAUCUGAGCCAUGGUUUCAAGUAAGUUGUUGAAUAAGAAAUUUGUAUCACAUAUAUUUACAGUCAUCAGUUCUUAGCCUGCAUUAUUUAAUCUGAGAUUCCUCUGACCAUUUACUUCCACUUUUAUAUAUACAUGACUGGAUCUAUCACUUGUUUAUAUAUAUAUAAAACUACAAGUAAGAGUUAGAGGAAUGUCAGAUUAGCCUGAGCUGAAGACUUAUGAAAAUCAUUUAUCAUUGACUGCUUUUUGAAUUUCUACUUUAUCUCCAAAAUCAAGAAGCCAAGUUGAAAACCAAACUUACCAUAUUAAAAUAAAAGUACAUAAAGGGGAUGAAAGGUCUACACAAAAAAGGAGUAUUAAGAAGAAAUAUUGAACAUUAUAUUAUCAGCAUUGAAUAAAUGGCCAUGACCAUUAGUCAUUCCAAUGUUCAUUAACUGUGGUGGAUACUGCUAAUUUACACAAAUUUGUUAGAUUUCUAACACACAAUAGAUUUUACGCUAGUGUCAGUCUAUUGUCUAAUAUUAACGCAUGGUCUUUAACAUGAAUACUACAUUUUUGUAGAUUUCAGAGACUGACUCAGUAAUUGAUAGAGUCAUAAAUAAUGAGGUCCAUUUACAAAUAUUAGAUGAUUCUGAACUUGAACGUACCCGUCAGGAUGAAUAUUUGACAUUAUAUGGACUUCACAGACAACCAAUAGUAGGGGAUGGGAAUUGUCUCUUUAGGUCUGUUAGUCUUGCCCUCUAUGGAAACCAAAAUCAUCACCAAGAGCUACGAAAUGCAGCAAUACAUGAAAUUGAACAAAAUUUGGAUAUUUUUCAUAUGUUUUUCUAUCAUUCUAAUGGUAACCAAAUGACUUAUCCAGAAAUUCAACAAGAACUGAAUAAUCUUAGGCAGUUAGGCACUUUUGCAGGGCAGGAAUCAAUUUUGGCAAUGUCUAGGCAUUUUGGAAUCAACUUAUUAGUAACUGUUGGUGGUGAUCAGGAUAAUCCAGAAGUUGUGACGCUUGAACAUGACUUUGGAAAUUCAAAUUCUAGAAUUCAUUUGAUUUGGACAAGGGCAGGGGGUGGACAUUAUGAAACAGUGACUGAAACAUCACCGCCAGACAAUCGGAGAGAACCAAUAUCAUUAGCAUUCAAAAGUAAUUAUUGCUGGAAUUUUGAUCAUUCUGCAUGUAGGAAAUUUAACUUGGAUACAUUGAACUCAUUGAAGACUUCAAACAGACGAGAGACAAUUGAUAUACUAGAAAAUCCUCCCAUGACAAAAUCUACAGACUACAUACAGACAAUACAUUCAUAUGAUCAAGUUACAAAUGUAGAACGUGGUAUCUAUCAGAAAAAUCAGUGUUCAGUUUGCAUGAAAAUUUUCCAUGAUAAAGCAAAUUUGAAUAGGCAAAAGAAAUCUGUACAUGAGAAAGAAAAUGGUAAAAGAAUGCCAUGUAUUGUUCCAUCAUGCGACUUAGAUUUUUAUCAUGUUGAAAUUCUUGUGAGUCAUUUGAUAAAUAAUCAUGAUGCAGACAUUAGGGUGGAAGAUUUGAACUUUGAAAAUCUUGAUUCUUUUGAGAAAUAUUUGACAGAAGCGUCUAUAAACAAAAACACAAGAUAUGUUUUGCAUAGACCAAAAACUGUAAACAAGUAUGGUUCUGAGAGAUACACACUGGUUUGUCAUAGGGAUGGGAAGAAGCGAAUUGCAUGUGAUACAAAAGAUAGAAAGAGGGGGGAGAAAAAAAAGGGUUCAUGUAAAUUAGAUGGUUUAUGCUUAUCAAGAUUUUCAGUUUUGGUAGAGAAGGAUGGAACAGUUAAAGCAAAAUACAUACAAUCACACACACACUCAACAACUUUUGAAGAUAGUAAAUUUUUACCUAUUCCAGAUCAUUUGAAGUCAGACAUAAAAACUAUGUUAGCAUUAAAAAUUCCUAUAAAUACAAUUUUAGACAAAGUUAGAGACAAAUUUAGUGACAGAAACAAUCGAGAUGACUUGACAGACCUGAAACAUUAUCAUUUGAUUGACAGAAAGACAAUACACAAUCUAAAGCAAAAGAUUAUUGACUCAUCUGUUAUUAGACACAGUGAUGAUGCAACAUCGACAUUUCUUCGAGUAGAUGCUUUAAGGAAAGAAAUAUUUGAUCCCAUUCUGAUUUUUAAACAACAAAAUGUAGAUGACAGCAAGAUUGGACUGGCUAAGGAAGAUUUUAUGUUGGCAAUAAUGACGAAAAAACAGCUAGACAUGUGUGAAAAAUAUGCACCCAUAAUUCUUUGCAUGGAUUCCACCCACAAAACAAACUUAUAUUCAUUUAAGUUGAUAACCCUUCUAGUUCCAGAUGAAUUUAGACGUGGUAAUCCUGUUGCAUUUUGUAUUUCCAAUAAAGAAAAUGAACUAGCUAUUUCUGUUUUUUUAAAUGCUGUUAAAAGCAAAUCUCCACAAACAAAAGUAAAUAUUUUAAUGACAGAUGAUGACAAUGCUGGUUGGAAUGCAGCAAAGAAUGUAUAUGGAUCAAACUUAGAACAUUUCUUAUGUAUUUGGCAUGUACACAAAAACUGGCGAUUAAAAAUUCAGCAGCAUGUUAAAGACACAGAGCAGCAAGCCGAAAUUUAUUGUUUAUUAUGUGCUGCAAUGGAUGCUAAGACUGAAACAUUAUUGAAUACAUAUUGUGAUAUUCUGGUUCAAAGAUUGUCUGACAUUAAUCCAAAUUUACUGACAUACUUCAAUAAUUAUUACUUGUUGAGAAAAGAGAAGUGGGCAAUGUGUUUCAGGAAAGGUGAAUAUUCCAAUGUUAAUACAAAUAUGUUUUUGGAAAGCUUUCACAAUCAAUUAAAAACAAUUUACUUUGAAGGAAAAAGAAAUCGUAGAAUAGACAUUCUGCUGGAAACCCUGCUACAGAUUGAAAAUAAUUUGUAUUUCAAACAUUUGGCUGCUAAAAAGUUCAAUAUUCCUUCAGGGGAAAUUAUGAAGACUUUGGAUCGACAUCAGAGUAGUUUCGAGAUUCAAAAUUCCUCAGUCUGUCAGGUUAAUGAAAACACAUUCACCCUUAAAUCACAGAAAAAUUUAUAUACAGUAGUGACGCAUUGUCAGAAAUGUCCUGAAACACAUUGUUACAUGAAAUGUAAAAUAGUACCCUGUAUAGAUCUGUGUAGACAUCUCCUUACUUGCAACUGUUAUGACUAUUUGGAAGGGAAUGUUUGUAAACAUCUACACAAGGUUCAGUCCUUACUUUAUCGUAAUACUGAUAGAUGUACAUUAGAGGAUCAGACUAACAUUCAUAAUGAAAAUAUUACUGACAAGGUUAUCAGUCCACCUGUUAAGAAAAGAAAUAUUUGUGACACUUCGACUUCAUCAAAGAUUCAAGGUAUUCAAGAAAAACUGAACAAAAUAAUGUCUCAGAUAAAGAAUAGUCCUCGUGUUCAGGAAUAUAGACUGGAUAAUAUUGUCACAGCAUUGGAUCACAUAAUUUCUGCCAAUGACGGGUGUGAAAACCUCCCAAACUCCUUAAAAGGGUUUAAGAGGACUGAGAAAAUAUCUUCCAAUGCCAAUAAUGUAUUGCAGCCACGCUUUAGGUCCACUGCUAAAAAUCCUGGGAAGAAGAGAAGAAAUCCUUUAAGAAAGCCAUCCCAGCAAGAGAAAGAGAAGGUGCUUCUUCAAAGCAUAAAUCAAGGUAUAGAACAAGGUCAAAGGUCAGGUAAAACUCGGGUUGCUGAAUCACAAGAAAGUCGGAGAAUGGGGCCAUCUGUAGCACCAUAUCCUCCCUUAAGACUUGUUACUACCACUGAGCCACCAGUCCUUCCAUUGCAACCACAGGGUCCAGUUAUCAAUCCUACUGAACCUCAAGGCCUACCCUCUUGGUAUAGAAUUCCUCCUUCACUAUAUGGUAGAAGGGUAACAAUUAUACAAAGUGAUGGAAGAAAACAAGAUGUUAUAUUUACAGGUGGACAAAACAAUAAUGGUACUAAAGAUGAUGAUAAAUAAGAUUGUCAUUCCUUUUUAUCAUCAGAUAUACAUGUAUGUGUAUUCCUUUUAAUGUCAUACAUAAUGCAAGUAUGGAUAGUGUCAACCAUACUUUUAGACUUUGACAGACCAUAGACAGUGGGGAAGGGUAUAUGGAAAAUAUCUUGUGUGCUUAAAUCAUGUUCAGUUUUCAUCUAAUAGUUUGUAAGGCUAGGUAAUAUAUACAUGUAUUUGUUCCAGUUAAUUUUUUUGUUUCAGUUUGUUUUAUUCUAGGUAUUUGUGUACUGCCUGUCUAUUAAUGUAAAGUUUUAUUGCUUCAAAGAAUUUCAAGACCACUCUAGCAGUAUGUGCUAUUCAAUUUCAAUUUUUAACCGAUUGACAACUGUAACAGGCAUUAAGUCAGUCCAGUAGUAGACUGACAAUGGUAGAUGAGCUUAGCCGGCAGCUCUAGGUCAGUGUCUUGUUGCAGGACAGUCAAUGAAUUCAUGAUUAGACAGACAAGACAGAUCAUUUCUUGAUUAUUAAUAUUCUAUCAUUAACAACUUUUACUUGCUUUAUUACGUUACAAGUUAUGUUUAUAUUGGAGGAUAAAAUGUGUAAUAUUAGAUAAUCUCAACAGUCCACUUAUAGACUCACAGUGGCAGAUGUGCUUAUAUAGCGGAAUGUUUGUGCAGGUGAAUUAAUGCAAGCGAAAUUUUGCAAAUAAAAUUUUCCUCCUUUUCUUCUUACAUUUUGAUUAACAAUUUUUAAAUAGUAGUCUAGUCAAUGUACAGGAUGACCUCAAACUAAUGGCUACAAAAGCUUUUAUUGCUUUAAGUUAUACUAGAAUAUAGUCUCAACAACAUAUAAAAAAUAUACAAAAGAUUUUAUAUUAAUUGUCCAUAUCCAAUCCUGUAAUUUGAGUUUUAAAUAAUCUGAUACCAGUUGAUAUGAUAUAAUUACUGUAUUUAAAAAAUUUCACAUUUCCACGAUUUCUCAAUGUAAACCCAAUAUUUGCCCCAAAAUUGAAUUUUCCUCCAGUUAUAAUUUUGUAUUGUUUUAAUGUUACUUGUACACAUAAAUACCUUAUUUUUAGUGGUAAUUAGCUUUGUACCAAUUAGUUUGAGGUUUGGCUUAAAUUUUGACAGAUUGACUAGACUAUAGGCCCAUAAUACUAACUUAAACUAAAGGAUUUAUGAAAGGAUACAAUCGUUUUAAUGUGAUUUGUUUCAUUGCUGCAGUAUUCCAUUUCAAAAUGGGCCGAAACUUUCCUGGUUUCUUGAAUAAAGCUCAAUAUUUUAAUGUUUAAAUAUGUGAAUUUUGAGAGUAUGUAAAAAUAAAACUUGUAAAAACAUACAUGUAGUGAAAAUGUAUAUUUGAAACCAGGAAGGUA